AUGAACCCGCCGGCGCCCGGCAAGACGCCCACGCGCUCCUCGGGCUACCACCAGAAGGCGCUUGCCGAGAUUCGCAACUCCCUCCUACCUUUUGCCAAUAUCGGCAACUCUGAGCCCCCGGGCUCAUCAGCAGCUAGUACUGUUAGUUCAGGAGUGAGCUCCGGAUUCAGCUCUUCCUCUGGAAAUGGACUAGACAAAGAUUUGAAUGUGCUGCCACAAUCUUUAAAUCAACUCAUCACUUUAGGAUAUGAUGAGGAUCACUCAGUCAGAGCUCUCAAGUAUGCGGGCGGGCGUUUUGACGCUGCCCUCGAUUAUCUGCUCAAGCAGCAGGAGCCUGUCGUCAAUGGCGCUCUCAAGAGCAACAACUUGGGUGUGCUUGGCACCAAACUCAUCAGAAAACCGAGCCUCGAGCGUGAGAUCAAUCUUCACAGAGGUAGUCCUGCGCUGGAUUCCGGCGCAGGCAGUUCGCGGUCGGACAGCCCGCGGCAGCCCGAGGCGCCGCCGCUGCCGCACGAGAAGUUGAGCCGGCAGUACUCCCCGUCGGGGUUCGCGGAGCCGCCACCACCGCCGCCCCCGCGAUGUCCGUCCACACCGCCUGUGCCGCCUUCCGUGCAGCACCUGAUGAAGCGCAUGUCGCCGGCGCCGCCAUUGCCGCCAGCACGAGGCACCAGCCCCGUGGCGCCGGCUGCGCCCACGCCGCCUGCGCGUCAGCCCAUGAUUGUGCAGAACGGGCCGCAGGUGCAGCAGCAGCUUACCCAGCAGAUCCAGGCGCUCAGCAUAUACCAAACGGGCGCCUCGGCGGCCGAACUGCCUCCACCUUACCCUCUUUCUGGCGUUCCGCCUCCUCCUUCGUACUCUGUCUCCAUGCAGAACCGCCAGAGCCCGACGCAGUCGCAGGACUACAGGAAGAGUCCGUCGUCGGGAAUCUACUCGGGUGGUACCUCUGCCGGGUCACCCAGUCCCAUCACCGUCACGCAGUCAACGGGUUCGGCGUCGGGGAUGACCCGUCCUACGCCUAUCCAGGCGUGGACCGCUAGGCAGGCCGUGCAACCUCCCAUAAUAAUGCAAUCCGUGAAAAGUACACAAGUUCAAAAGCCCGUAUUACAGACGGCGAUAGCUCCUGUUGCGCCGCCACCUGUAGCUAGCUCUGUCACGCAGCCGCCUCCGCCAUCGUACGCGAGCUCAAUACAGCAAAAACAAGCGCAGACACCACCGAGCUACCCCUUGGCACCUAAGCCUUCGUCGCCAGGAUCCACGACGUCGAGCGGGACGUCGCCGACCACACCCACUGUGCCGACGACAGAACCGCCUAGUUACGCAACCACAAUGCAAGCGCUAGCGGUGCAGCGAGGCAUGCACCCUAUGCCGCCGCCACCUUACGGAAACCAAACCGAAACCACCACUACAGUUAACUCCCACCAUUCACCUCUUCAUAAGAAGUUUGUAAACGAUGUAAAAGGCGAGACGUCGCAAGGUUUGGACGUCAAGUGUCCCAACCAAAAUUGCACCAAUAACUUAUUAAAAGAUAACAUGUUGCCAUCUGGUUCAGAGAAGUGUAGUAACGGUUCGACGGAACGCCGGCCGGAGCGGAAAAUGGUGGAGAAGAUACGACACCAGUCCCCGAUCCCGGAACGGAAGAACAUCAGUAAAGAGAAGGAGGACGAGAGAAGGGACUGCAAAGUCAGGAAUUACUCCCCACAAGCAUUUAAAUUUUUCAUGGAGCAACACGUAGAAAAUAUUCUCAAAUCGUAUAAGCAACGGACAUUCCGACGAAUGCAGUUGGAAAAGGAGAUGACAAAGAUAGGCUUAUGCGCCGAGGCGCAGUGCCAGAUGAGGAAGAUGUUAUCGCAGAAAGAGUCGAAUUAUAUAAGACUAAAACGAGCGAAAAUGGACAAGUCGAUGUUCACGAAAAUAAAACCAAUCGGCGUUGGGGCUUUCGGGGAGGUAACGCUAGUUAGGAAGAUUGAUACUAGUCAUCUAUAUGCCAUGAAGACACUUCGGAAGGCCGACGUGCUUAAACUGAACCAAGUGGCGCACGUGAAAGCCGAGCGGGACAUUCUGGCGGAGGCCGACAACGAAUGGGUCGUGAAGUUGUACUACAGUUUUCAGGACAAGGACAACUUGUAUUUUGUGAUGGACUAUAUUCCGGGCGGAGAUCUGAUGUCGUUGUUAAUAAAGCUCGGGAUAUUCGAGGAAGACCUGGCGAGGUUUUACAUCGCGGAACUGACUUGCGCGGUGGAGAGCGUCCACAAGAUGGGGUUCAUCCACCGCGACAUAAAACCUGAUAACAUCCUCAUCGACCGAGACGGGCACAUCAAGUUGACAGACUUCGGCCUUUGCACUGGUUUCAGGUGGACUCAUAACUCCAAGUACUAUCAAAGAAAUGCCGAGCACGGACGUCAGGACUCGAUGGAGCCGAUGGAGGGCGAGUGGGGGGCCGCAGCCGAGUGCCGCUGCCGGGCGCUGAAGCCGCUAGAGCGGCGACGCAGGCGCGAACACCAGCGCUGCCUGGCCCAUUCGCUUGUGGGCACGCCUAACUACAUCGCGCCUGAAGUUCUCACACGUGCUGGGUACACGCAACUCUGCGACUGGUGGUCCGUGGGUGUUAUCCUCUAUGAAAUGCUCGUCGGAUCGCCACCUUUUCUCGCCAACACUCCUGCAGAAACUCAGCUCAAGGUGAUAAAUUGGGAGAGCACACUUCACAUCCCGGAAGCGGCGAAUCUAUCUCGCGAUAGCAAAGACUUGAUCUUGAACCUGUGCUCGGGGCAAGACACAAGACUUGGCAAGGACGCCAAUGAAGUUAAAAACCAUCCCUUCUUCAAAACCAUUGAUUUUGAAAAAGGGCUUCGGAGACAAGUGGCACCGUACAUACCGCGAAUAGAAUAUCCGACGGACACCUCCAACUUUGACCCUAUAGACCCAGAUAAACUAAGAAAUUCAGGCAGCUCCGAUUCUAACAAGUCGGACAGUGAAUUGUUAGAUAACGGAAAGUUUCACGGGUUCUUCGAGUUCACAUUCAGGCGGUUUUUUGACGAUGGCUAUACGGACAAAAUUAAUCUCGACGAUAAUGACAAUCAAGGUCCGGUGUACGUAUAGCGGCGAAAGAAUUCCAGACCGUAUUGCAAGCAUACAAAGUUCAAUGCCUUUUGAAUGUUGGGGUCAGGUGGAGUGAGUGCCAGCUACUUUUCCGACUCCUUUCGUCCGAAAGGUUGUUAAGCAUUUCUUUGUUGCUAAAACGACUAAAUUCAAAGAAUGAAUGAAACAGGUGCAUCGUUAGUGCCAAAUCGCAGAGUAUGCGUAGUACUCUAUUUUUUAUAUAAUUUUUUGAAGUAUUUUACCUACUGUGGUAAGGCUUUGAAUAUUGAACACUAUUCGUAUAUGCAAUAAAAUAGAAAUCGCGCCGACGACGGUGGCAAAGAGACACUGAAACUAACGUGUAGUAAUUUUACAAAGUGUGUGCCUUUGACUCUCUAUUAAAAAAUUAGUUUUGUACACGUAACGAAUGUAACGUAUUUAAAUUUAAUAAGAACCGUAUUGUUAAUAAUCCCGGUGAUAAUGUUGUAAUAAUGUAUCGUUAUGUAUUUGUAAGAGUAAUCUUAUUGCUGUAAUAUAUGUAAUGGAUGGAUAGCAGUUGUUUUAUAGCUCUACUAUUUUACACUUGUUAAUUUCUAUUUAUAUUACCUCUGUCAUGAGAAUAACGCGUUGAAAUCGCUAGCGACCGUGUGAAAUGUUUUUAUGGCUAAUUUUAAUUCCCGAUGUAACCGCCAAAGGUGUUGUACAACUUGCUAUAAAAACAGUUUAAACCGUCAUCAGCAUCUCGUUGUGGAGGUUCAAGUUUCUUAUAACAUUGUCUUUACUGUACAUUUCCAAUUCCAGUGACGAACUAAAAUGAUCGUAUAGCAAAUUGUACAGCGCCAGAAGCGGCCACAAGAACAAUUAGAUUUGCGAUGCCCGACUUUGAAUGUUACUAAUAUUAAUCAUUCGAAUGAGCAAAUCAUUCGCCUAAUUCGAAUCAAAGCACAACCAUUCGACUCAAGUCGAAUAAUUACUAACCUCUGAACUACUUGGAACUCCAGUCAUGUCCAUAUGAAAGUAUCCCUGUCCCAGACACGUUUACAGUAUUACCAUAUGUUAAAGAGGGCUAGGCAGAAAUGCUCUAUGGAAUCUAUGUUUUAGUAAUACUGAUUACCAGGGAUCGGAAUUUUAAAUCGUUUUUUUACUUAAACUUUGAGGAAUAUAGUCAGAAAAUGAAGACUGCCUUACGACAAUAUUUUUUAGGUCCUGGACCUUUUCGGGAUUCGGGAUGUGUCCAACAUCAACGUGGCAGGAAAGCCAGUUUUUCUGUAUAAUUGGUAAUAACCGUGACCUGAUUGUCUUUCUAUUUAAAAAUUUACGUACAAUAUUGGUUUUCAAUUUGAGUGACCUACCGUUAUACUAUAUUUCCUAUAGAACAUAGCCAAUAUAAAUAAUAAUAUAAAUAAUAAUCAAACACGUUGACAAUAAUGUGGGAAAACGGGAACUAAUGUCGCUGAAAACUACGAAAAUUACGCGCAUUCUACUUUCUCUAUUGUGCGUAUACAUAGAGCACGAACGAUUUUUGUACACACAUUAUAUUGAUAUAAGUAAAGUGUAAAUGGUAGAGUUAUUCACUGUAUCAUGGUGCUGCCGAUCGCGCCGCGUGCGUGUCACGCUCGCGCCGCGUCGCCCAUCACUGUAUACUAUUUUUGUAAUGUAACUAGAGAAAUUAUUUAUAAAAUAAGAACAAGCUUACAUGAUUUAGUGAAUGUUUUGAUAAUUGUCACUAUAUUUUCUUAUGUAUUUAUCGAGUUAGGAAGCUUGUGUGUUUGUUUAUAGUGAAUGGUGUACAGGAGCCAUUGUCAGACUGUGAAGUUGUUUGGAUAUUGACAUUGAAUUUGUACUAAAGUGCUUCCUUUUGGGAUCGGUUUUCGGGCCAAAAUAUAUUCUCAAUUUUUUGACGCAGCCCCUCUGACCUUUAAUAGGUCGGUCUUCCAUGGUCUUCGGACAGCUCAUUGAGUGCCUUAACCUAAAAGCACUGAUAACAUGUAAAGUGAUGUUGCUUAAGUAAAAUAAAGCACCUGUGUAAGCAAUAGACCAAUUUAGGCGUGCGUAGGGUUGGGUUGUGGAAAAAAUCCAUUUUGAAAAAAUCGUAUUUUUCAGAAAAAUAAAUAGUUUUCCGGAUAUUUUUCCAAUUUUUAUCCUUUAAUUUUACACAUUUGUUGUUGACACCUGUCAAAAGUUGAAGUUACAGAACGAAAACGAUGCAGCCAACAACAAGUGAUGGUGUGGUUGUUGAAGGUUUUUCCGCUGUUGUGAAAUCAUUUUUCAAAUCUCGUUUUUCUUUAUAUGGCUUUUAGCUAUACAAGUUUAUUUUGUGAUUCACGCUAAAUAAAACUUCAAAAGAUAUUUCUGAACAUAGACCAUAUUAGCCUUCUAAAUUAUACUUUUCCUAUUUUUUUAAUUUAUCCGGAAAUU